AUGAACUCCCUGACCCCGGUCAAUCCGAAAAAGCGGAAGCCUUCAUCGCCCUACAUGGCCCAAAUUGCAAAUUCAUUAUCUGACGACUGUUCCGUUCUAUUCACUGAGCUUCAGGGCAUACUAGAAGAGAAAGCCCCGGAAGCUGUUCCCCUUCUAGAGAAACUUGUUGGUCUCCUUACACCAAACCCCUCUGAAAUCGUUGCUGCCGAGAAGCGUGCACGGUCAAUAGUCAUCACUGGUAUUCCGGAGGACCCUAAUCUAUCUGCAACAAAACGUCAAGCGGCAACUGAACUGGCGGUAAGUGCAAUUUUAGAUGAGCUUGAUGUCGAGGCGCGACCUGUUGAAAUCUUUAGACUAGGAAAGCGCGAACCUGGUAAAAAUCGUCUUGUGAAGUGUGUUUUUUCUUCUCGUAAACAGUUUUUCGAAAUACUUAAAAACUCCAGAUUACUAAGGAACAACCCAUCGUUUAAGGACAUCUUCAUUCGUCGAUCAAUGACUCCCAGUGAAAUCGAAAAUGAGAGGAAACUCCGUGCCCGAGCAAAAGAGCUGAAUGAUGCAAACCCCGGUGGGGAGAGGAUCUUUGUUGUCUUCAGACAACAGGUAGUUAAAAAAUCUGAGAUUCCUGGCAUCAUUAACAUGAAAAAAGAUAGAGUAAACAAGAGAGGGGGUGGACUGUGUGUUUUCUUACAUCAAUAUAUUGAUUUCAAAGAGGUACCUUUUGAUCCCCCCAAUAUUCCAGCGGAUGUCCUUUGCUUUGACAUGCUUUCUGACUCGUGUAAGUACAUUCGAUUCCUUUUAAUUUAUCGCCCUCCAAAUCAAAGUGCGGUUGAUGAUGAUAGGCUAUGUUGCCUCAUCUCCGAUUUGUGCUCGUCGAUAAGUAAUGUAGUUCUGCUUGGUGAUCUCAAUUUAGACAUUGAUUGGUCCAAAACUGAGGCGCCCUUGCCCCUGCCCCGCAAACCCAGGUUUAGUCGAUUUACUUCCCUCUUCUCUAGCCUUAAUCUCCAACAAAAUGUUUUGGAGCCUACUUGCGGGUCAACGAUCCUUGACGUUAUACUUACUUCCCCUGAGCUCUUCGCCACUCCGUCUAUUAUCCCGCCAUUAGGAGCCUCGGAUCACAAUGUCAUCAAAUGUCGGAUCGAAAUUCCAAUCAAUAUUAAGGACAGCGCCGUUAAAGUUAGUUGGAGAGAUUAUCCUAGAGCAAAUGCGGUGGAAAUUAAUAACGUACUCGAUAAAAUUGACUGGUUUUCGGUGUUCGAUCGAUAUAUUUCAAUUGAUGAUGUGUACGAUAGAUUCUUGUCCAUUGUGCAUACGAUUAUUGAGCGCUAUGUUCCUAUUAGGAAACAAGUUUCUUUGUGGGAAACAUAUCCUAGGCACAUCAGGAAUCUAUAUGAAUACAGGGAAAGGUUGUUUCAAAUCCUUGAUGAUCCUCUGACGUCUUCUGAGUACAAAAAAGCCAACAGUGAUUUUACAUUCCACCUCAAGCGCUACCUCGCUUAUAAAGAGAGAAAGCUCGCCAACUGUCAAAACAUGAAAGGUCUCUUCUCCUACGUCAGCAAAAGAUUGGGUAAAAAAUAUAGUGUUCCAUGCGUGUAUAAUUCAUCCGGUAAUGUGCUGAUUUCUGCGUCAGAUAGAGCCAAUGCCCUGGCCGAUUAUUUUGCAAGUGUUUUCGAUUCACCCGAGGAAAACACGAGCAGCCUUCCUCCAAUAGUUGACUCUGAAUGCCCUUUGCCAAUAAUAACUCCUUCUAAGGUCUACAAAUAUCUACGUUGUGCCAAGAAUUCCUCUUCGAUACCCUCUGAUGGUGUACCUGCAAUAUUUUAUAAGAUGUUUGCCCGUAAACUUGCAGCUCCCAUUUGUCACCUCCUGAAUAUAUCAUUGCUCACCGGCGAAGUUCCACGUUACUGGAGGGAGUCGAUCGUUACUGCAAUCCCUAAGAAACCGAGUGCCUCAUCUCCGGGUGAUUUCAGACCGAUUAGUUUAACUCCCACGCCAUGUAAAGUAAUGGAGAAAUUCCUGAAGUCAUGCUUUCUCGAGUGGUUUGAGAAAUUCAACCUUAUCCCCCCUGAACAAUUUGGCUUUGUCAAAAACUCUUCUACCUGUUUGCAACUUUUAGAAUGCACCCACAACUCAGAUUGCUGCAACUUUUCCGACGCCAGUGUCCUUUUAGACAGCGUAGUUGAUCGCAUGACACAAUGGACAAGUGAUUGGGGCCUCAGGCUCAACAUUCAUAAAACUUGCUUACUCUCACUAGGCAAAAGAUCGGUCAGACUCACGUUGAAUGGUUUGCCUUCAUCAACUGCUCUUACUCAAAGUCGCGAUCUGGGUGUUAUUGUUUCAAAGUCAUUGUGUUGGGAAGCGCAUAUUGAUGCCAUAGUGGCCAAGGCUCUUAAACGCCUCUACUGCUUUAUACGGUUGAGAGAACUCUGCAUGAAAAGUCUUCUCUACAGGCGGACAUUUUCUGAUAUAGUACUCGCUUUCAAGAUCCUCAAGGGUGAGUCUUGUUUUCGUCCUUCUAGCUUUUGGUGCUUCAAACCGUCGUCCAUAAGAAGGCCCUCCUAUAACAUCAGUAUUUACAGAGCUAAUCACGGUCUUCGCUUGCAAAAUACUAUUGCCAGGAACUCUUUUUUCUACAGGACGUCCACAUGGCUCAAUAAACUCCCGCUGGAGCUUUUCGAAAAAAGAAAGACAUCCCAUUUCAAAAAGGCACUGUUAGGCAUUGACUUUAUGCGAAUGAUUGGUGUGCAAGACUUCUAG